AUGCGGGGAUGCACGGGAUUCCCGAUGGCCGUCUCGGUGGUAUCGACACUUUUGACCAUCAUUAACGUGAAGGCGAGUGGAGAAUAUUGUCACGGUUUUCAUGACGCGCAGGGUGCAUGGAGAGACGGCUUUCAGUGUCCGGAGCGCUUCGACAGCGCAGAGUCCAUCAUCUGCUGCGGCAAAUGCGAGCUCAGAUACUGCUGCUCCAGCACAGAAGCUCGCCUGGACCAGGGCGCAUGUGAUAACGAUAAGCAGACACAAGACAUCAACACUGGGAACAAGGACGAGAAAAAUUCUGGGGCAGGUCCCAAACAGGAGCCUUCAUCAGGCGGCGGCUCAGGAGGAGGGUCCAGCAGCGGCCGCGUCCUCGAGACGAUUCCCAUGAUGGCCAGCACAGGUACUUCACGAGGCUCGUCCUCCCGCCAAUCGAGCACGGCCACUUCCUCCAGUUCUUCAGCUCCACCCGCCGCUUUCCGUCCUGCACCCGCCCCUCUGCUCCGCACCCAGGCCUCGUGCUGCCUUCCGCCGGAUGCCAAUGUCUACAUGAACAUGCCUACCAACUUCUCAGUGCUUAACUGCCAGCAAGCCACUCAAAUUCUUCCUCACCAAGGCCAAUUCCUACAUCCUCAGUACAUCGGUUUCGCCCACCCUAUUACUCCGGCUCCUGUCUUCCUAGAUCCCGCUCAAGCGGGCUACCGCCCAUUGCAGUCUCCGUUCCCUCCGCCAACCAGCGUGGCUAGUGUGGCCAGUGUGACGGGGGAUCAGAAAUACCCUCCGGUUACCAUGUGAAUGCAGAUGGGACCAGGAUGCAAGUCUGAAUUGAAAUCACAAGACGAACACACAAAGAAUCAGUUCAGGGCACAAAAUUGAGGGUCAUGGCUUGCAACCUUCACAAAUGAGACUCCAACUGGUGCUUUAUCAAACACAACAUUGUUUUCUGUGAUUUAAAGGACACAGUGCUUAAAAAAUUACUGGAUGUGUGUGUGUGUGUAACAUGCCUUGAAAAGUGCUAACAGUGCCAUUGUAAAUUAAGCGCGUGUGUGUACAUAUGUGAUGUAUAUUUGAGUUGUAUAACCGUGCAUGUGUGCUCUGUGCGUGACUGUAUAGGUGUGUUGGUUUAUGAGAUGCAGUAUGUGAAAAUGUGUGUGUGUAGUGCACUAUAUAUUGUGUGUAAUGGGAAUCACAGGUGCUGUAAUGUGAAAAACAGUCCUAGCUCCCGGUUGGAUGCUUAAAAUCUAAUGAAGUGAACACAGGACACAGACUGUGACGCUCCACCCUCCUGCCCACUGCAAAACAUGCACAUACAGUAGACACACACACACUAACACUUUCGCAUAUACACACUCACAUUCUGCAGAACCAAAGUCAUUUUCGCAUUGCCAAGGAACUGAAUAGAAAAUAUACAAAAAUAUAGGCCUGUGUUUGGGAAAGCAAUGUGCGAAGAUGUGUGUAGCUCAGAUCAGCGGUCUUCAGAAAGCACCAGAGUCAAUUACGCAGUAAAAACUGUCUGCCAACUGUUCCCCUUCACUAAGUCUCUGCCUUGUGAAAGGACUGUGUAUGUGUGCCACUUUUCUUCCCCUCUGUUAGCAUAAGGUAAACUCAAGGAGUACCAAAAGGGUUCCAGGGCAUUUCAUUUGGAGUGGGUUUCUUUCAGCACGCUCAAAGGCGGCAGUUUAGUGAGAAAAGAAAAGUCCCAGGCUCCUCCAGGAGAAGGCCAUCACCUUUCUGAACUUCUAAAACUCCUGUAUUAGAUCUCAGACUGGCAGAAAAAUCACAAUGAAAUUAAACACUGCCUGAUUUAAAACCACCAGUCUGAGUUAUUUGGCUUUUAGAGUUGGAAGAUAAAAAGGUAGUUCACUCCAAAAUGUUGUUUCUAACCUUUAUGACUUUCUUUCUUC